AUGGGCACCCCCGAGCCUUCUCCAGCCUCUGGAGUCCUCAACACUGAGAAAGUAAAAAGAAGCAGAAGCAGCAGAAGAAGAAGAAGACUAUCAACACAAAGCGGAGUGAGGAGCAGCGUGCCGCCGCCGGAACGUGUGAUUCAGCAGACUGACGCUUUGAUUUUUACUGAUCGUUCUCGUGAAGGUCUGCAGGAGGAACCGUGGUGCCAGUUCCACUAUGAAGGACGAAACUUUCUCAAAUCCAACAAGAUAAUUAGUGGAUAUGAGCGCAGACUUUGGGAUUUGGUCUGUUUUUUUUCCUCUGUCGGGUUCAGUUUUGCGAUGUUUGCGGGUUCCGUCGGAACACUGACCCGUCUGUGCGUCCUGGUUCUGUUCUUCGCUCUGGGGCUGAACGGUUCCGAGCUGCGGGUUCGAGUCCGGCUCUCAGACAGACUGGUUACUGAGGAAGUUCUGGAGGCGGACACUGACAGAGACUCCAUAUCACUCGAGUUUAAGCAGGGGGAUGGAACCCUCAUCACAUUUUUGGCUGACUUCAAACAGGAUGUGAAGAUAUUUCGAGCACUCAUCCUGGGAGAGUUGGAGAGAGGGCAGAACCAGUACCAGGCGCUGUGCUUUGUUUCUCGCCUCAACCGCAAUGAGAUCAUCCCCAGUGAGUCCAUGGCCCGCCUCAGGCAGAAAAAUCCUCAAGCUAUUCGAUUGGCUGAAGAGCGGCGAGGACUGGAGCAGCUGACCAUGAGCGUGGCGGUUAAUCUGAGCCGAGCCUGGCAGCUCAGCUCCCACAUCCACAACAUGUGCAGUGAAGCACGUGAGGCCAUCUAUACCAGGGAGGCUGAUGUCAAACACUGGCUGGACAAAGGAGUAGAUGGCUCCAUGUUUGAGGUCCUGCCCCAAACCACAGACGUGCCCAACGUUCAAGCCUGUCACUCCACAGAGGACUUGUGGCAGCCGUGUCUUUGCACAUACAGCCUACGUCUGGAGUGGUACCCUUGUCUUCUGAAGUACUGCCGCAGCCGGGACACAACGGGCAAAAGCUCCACAUAUAAGUGCGGCAUAAAGAGCUGCAGCAAGGGCUACCACUUCACCUACUACGUGCCUCAGAAACAGCUCUGCCUCUGGGAUGAGGAGACCUAGAGUUUUGUUGGACGCUCACACGGCAAGAACCAACACAGAGACGCUGGUGGGGAACUGUCUCAGAUACCCAAGCUGAAGGAAAUUCAGGUUCCAAGAUCAAAACACUUAUGGAAGCAGGAAUAUUUGCUUCCGUUUGAUCUAAAAAGGUCCAUCAGUUUUACACCCUUAUAACGACGUCCGUUUUAAUGUGAUGUCACACUGGUGCCUUUUUUUUAAUAAAUAAUUGGCAAGUGUAUCUUCUCAUCUAAGCUGUGUUUGGCGCAGAGCCUGACAGCAGCAGAGGAGCUGUGAAUUUUUGUCAAAGGAGGUGCACGAGCACACAAGCUCCCAUUUGGAAAAGGAACAUUCAGAUGUGAUAUUUAUCUUCUGUCAGUCAUCAUCAAACGAAAGCCCUGUGGAAAAAUGGCUUCCAGCCAAGGAAAGUUGUCUUAAGAGUUUCGGCUGACAAAAUGCUUCUCAGAUGCUGGCUUUAUUUAUUUUGGUUGCAAAGUGAAAUUUAUACACUGUUUUAAAAAAUAAUAAUAAAUGAAUAAAUAAAAAAGGUUGAGAAAAUUUAAAUGGGAACCUUUUUUUUUUAGUUUCAGUUCAUCCUUUCACUCAGGACAAAAAUAGUUUAAAUUGCUACAUGAUUGAUUUCAAGUGCAAAUACUGUCACAGGCAUAACUGCUACAUUAUGUAAUUGCACGGGGCAAGCCCAAAACACAAAAUAAAACACAUCUUGUUGCAAAUGAAGAUGCAAAUAUGGCAUGCAAAUUGUCUGGUAGCACAGAGAGGAUCCCCACAGAGGUAAAGGUGUGCAUGUUUAACUCACCAAAUGUAAAUAAAUUUUUUGAAAUGACCAGUUAUACAGUAGUUGCUUACCUUAGCCUCCAGCCCAUCGGGUGGUGCUGUUGCUCUCCACUGUAGCCAAAUCAUUUUCAUCCUGAGUGAAAUGAUACUACAAACAUCUAAAAAUAGAAUCAAGGU